AUGGCUCGCACCGAACCGUCCAGCACCUCUGAUGUGCUCCUCUACUUCCUCGCAAUCUUCGUGCCGCCAGCGUCCGUGCUGAUCAAGCGCGGCUGCGGCGCCGACAUCCUCAUCAACAUCUGUCUCUGGGUGCUCGGCUGGAUCCCUGGCGUCAUCCACGCCUGGUGGAUCAUCGCGAAGACUCCGGACCGGCCGCCCCGGCCCGUCGUCGUCUACUGAGCUGCACGCGCGCUCUGCCCUUCCUCAUACCCGCUGCUCAAUAUCAUUCGCUUGCUCGACGCACUGCGUGAUCUGGUCAAGACUGGGUGCAGCCUGCAGUGUGACCUGGAGGGCGCUCGACGAACAGACACACUGCCGACCUCACGCUUUGUUCACUCAUU